CAAGGCACCGCAGCGCAGCGCAACACAACACAACACAGCACAAGGCAACGCAAGGUACCACCCACACAACCAAACGGCAAGGGAUACCCACCCGGAUCUUGUUCUGCUCUCGUUCCGGCUCGAAGCCCGGCAUGGCGGCUUUGCCCACCGGUUCCGGUACCAGCGGCUGUGAUGGCGGUGGUGGUGCACCGGUCCCUGCCCUUCCACCGCUCCCCGCAUCCCGAAGGCGGCGGGGUGCGGGCUUCUGCCGUCUCGUCCGCCGGCGUGCCACCAGCGCCUGGUUCUGGUUCUGCCUCUCUCUCUGUCUGGCUACUGCCCUUGCCUCCGCGGCCGCGGAGGGGGACCUCCCCCGGCACGGCGAAAGAACAGGAACAGGAACAGGAACCACCCGAGGCAGCAUUAGCAUUAGCAGCACCACCACCAGCAGCACUGCCAAACCGCCGCGGAUGUCCGUUGCGAACAUGACCUGCCGGUUCUUCGAGCAGCCCCUCAACCACUUUCUUCCCAGGGGCCGGUCCCCGUCGUACUCGGAGCGCUAUUGUGUCUACGACGGCUAUUUGGCGGACCGGGAGGCUUCCACCGGGAGCGGCGGUGGCGACACCGAACGGGGCGAUCCAACGGCCCCGAUUUUCUUUUACACCGGGAACGAAUCGCCCCUGGAGCAGUACAUCAACCAGGUGCGUGCAUUGCCACAAACAAUCGGAGGCAGGCUUCGGAUGGUCUUGUUGUUGUGUUGUGUUAUUCUGGUUUGGUUUGAUGUGUUUUGCGUUGUGUUCUAUUUUGCGUUGCUCUGGUUUGGUUUGGGCUUGAUGCGAUGCUUAUAUCCGAUCCUAGUUUGAUUUCCUGCUCCGUCUCACGGUUCCUCGCUUUUGUGUUUCACAACUCAAUUUGCUUCCGUGAACAUCGCAUCGAUUCGCAGACCGGGCUGAUGUGGGAGCUGGCCCCGAGGUUCGGGGCAAAGAUCGUCUUUGCGGAACACCGGUACGAGGGGGAGUCCCUCCCGGCAAACCUUACCACCGACUGCCUGAGCUACGCCUCGACGAUCCAGGCGCUCGAGGACUACGCCAGGCUCCUGGAGGAGGAGGUCGACCCGGGGCACCGUUCCCCCGUGGUCGUCUUUGGGGGGAGCUACGGGGGGAUGCUGAGCGCGUGGAUGGUAGGUCGAGAGUUUUUGCCGAACCGAAUCGAUUCGAUUCGAUUCGAUUCCAUUGAAUCCGAUGGGAACGAGCCCCUGGAUCCAUUGUGUCUCUUGUUGCACGCUCACAAUGCUUCCCUUUGUAUCUCUUGUGGUAUCUGUCUCUGUCUUUGCAUUUGUUGUGUUCAAUCGUGACGUCAAGCGCAUGAAAUACCCACACCUGGUGGCAGGAGCCAUUGCCGCCAGUGCCCCGAUCGGAGCGUAAGUCGAUCGUCUCUUUCGUUGCGUUCGAAAGCUUUCCCUUUCUUCCCGGAACGGACGGGAGAACGGAGGAACGGGCGUCGCAAAACCCKGUGAACCCAAACACUCACUCUUGCUCUGCUUCUUCGUCUCUUUCUGGUUCUGCGCUUGAAUUCAUGGGUGGAUGACGGAAAAAUUCCCUCCGUGCCAUGGCGGUGUUCCGUUGGGGUUGUCUCGUCAGUUUCCCCCAGAACGCCGAUUCAAAAAUCGAUUCUUCCGCCCGUGUCCUAGCCAAUGGCAUCGAUCGGCCCUAUCCCCCGACGGCGAACCACCGGGGGGGGGAGGCCACCGUUCCCGACCGGCACAAAGGCCCUUACCUGCAGGGCACGACGCAAAAACAAGAGAGGCGCCUCGUUGCUCCGGCAGCGGUCGCCGCCGCCGCAAGAACCAAAGACCAACCACCGGGGCAGCAGCACCGAUUGCCACCCCCCAAAAGGGGGGCCGGCGAAAACCACUGCCGGGACAACCUGCUCGCGUCCUGGCCCCUCCUUUCGUGGCUGGCCAAGCAGCAGGAAAAGGACCGAAGCAUCGAGCGGCUGCUCCAGACGGCCUUCUCGAUGUGCGAUCCCCUCCCGAGCAGCGAUGCCGGCCCGCUGAUCCGCUGGGCGCAGCGCGUCUGGUUCGACCUGGCCGAGGGCAGCUUCCCGUAUCCCAGCAGCUACAUUCCGUUUGCCCUCCUCCACAAAAAGGUCGACCUGCCGCCGUGGCCCACACAGGAUGCCUGCUGGAAGAGCAGCGAACUCCACAAGGACUGGGGGGUCCGGUUCCACGGAUCCAGGGAGGACGUCAACUAUCGAAUCAGCUACGGAGACAGCGGAAUCAGCCUCCAAGUGGACUGGGACAGCGUGACCCUGGUUGGCAACGAGAACGGGUACGAGAAGCAAGGACCGUCGGCCAUUGAGGAAUCCGCGGACGUCGUUGGUUUGCUUACCAGUGUGCGCGAUGCCGUGUCGAUCUGGUACAACAUCACGAAAGACGUCCCGUGCUACAACAUCUCGCAAGCCGCUCCCAAUGCGAGGACAAUGCGGAGGACGAGGACCGGGACCAAACUGCCGUUGCUUUCUCCAUCGCCACCGGUGGAAGGCUACGCCAGAGAUGCCUAUGGCGAUCCGUUCGGUCUCACCGAAGCCAUUGGAUCCAAAACGGUCGACCCGGAAAGAAUCUGCCACGAAGCGAUGGUAGAGCAGGGAAGCUGGGGGCUGCUGUGCUGCAACGACGAGAUGAACUUGGUCAUCACGGAUGCCCAGGGCACGGGACACGAUUUUUUUUGGCCUCCCUCCCACCCCAGAUCCGUAAAAACCUAUCGAGACAUGAUCCGAAACUCGACCUUCGAACCGUGCGCGGAUCCGUACGGAAUUUACGGUUAUUCGAAGGAACCCAUCGACCCGAUGUCGAUGCGGCUCGAUGCGUACUACGGGGGAAGCAACACGAAGGGUCAUUCCAACAUUGUGUUCUCGAACGGUUUGCUCGAUCCUUGGAGUGCCGGUGGCGUAUACAGGGACAGCGUGCGUCUCGAGGAAUUCUUUGACGAAGACAAAGCCAAGGUCCAAAAAAUCAACGAGAACGACGUCGUUGCACUCAUCAUUCCGUUUGGAGGUCACCACACCGAUCUUAUGUACAGCGACGACUCGGAUCCCAAUUCCGUUACCGAAGGAAGAAAAAUCGAAGAGGAAUACAUCGAAAGAUGGAUUCGUGAUUGGAAACCAUAGGUUUCCCGCAAUGUCUAUACGCUUUGGAGUACACG